UAGAUAACCUCAAAUAAAUAGUCUUCUUCCCAAGUAAGUGCUGAAUUGCUGAUUUAUGAAACUGCAAUGGUAUGGAAGACUUUGGCAUCUUUGUUUAUCUUUACUUACUUAGUUUGAAGGACACAAAACCAUUCGAACGGACUUCAAAAAACCUUCAUCAUAGUUAACUAUAUUACAGAGGGAUUAAUUUUUCGUCAAAUAACCUAAACAGUGAAUAAAUUACCUCUUUAACAGUUCCAAUGUUUGCUGAAGUUGAUGUUUUCAUCAGCAACUACACCCUUGUUGAUCCUGAAGUAUAUCAACUGUGGGUCGAUGGUUGUUCAUCUUCGGAAGCUGUUCAUGCCUUACACCAGCAGAAUGUGAAAGAGAAGAAUGUUACUGCCUUAGAGUUGAUUGCCUCAGAUGUAUUGGACCAUUAUCGGACAUAUAGUUUGUUGGAGAGGCUACUACACAACCCACCAAAACUUGCCGAACAACUUGCCUUCCAAAUAGAACCACAAACACGUCAACUAUUGAUUGAAAAGUACUAUGAAUUUGACAAUUCUGUCAUACGGGAACUUCUUGGGAAAAAAUUAACUUCAAGACACAGGAAAGAUUUAGAUGAAGUCAGUGAAAAAACUGGAGUUUCGUUAAAAUCAUGUCGGAGGCAGUUUGACAAUGUUAAACGUGUUUUUAAGACUGUUGAAGAAAUGCAAGGUUCUGUUGUAAACAAUAUUAAAACACAUUUUCUUCUUCCUGAUGAGCUUGCUAGGCGUUAUGGAGCAGUUGUGUUUAUCGGGUGCAUGCGUUUUGAGACAAGCAAACGCAAGUUACAGUACCUCACAUUCCCAGACUUCUACUACUGUGCUUCGGCAAUCAUGACCCACUGGACCUAUGCAGAGUCCAGUCAAGACUACGAUGACACUGAUCUUGAUAGAGAAUUCCUCUUAGACCUUAGAGAAUUGAGACUUCUCCUGGACAAAGAAAAGGAACACAAGCAUUUAGUUUGCAUACGCUUGAAACCUCAACUCCUGGAACGAUCCUAUCAGGAACUUGAGCUGAACUUUCGGUCAUAUUCCAGAGCUCUUAUCGGCCUAGCGUGCAAUCUCCACCGCUCAAGAGAACUAAGGGGUUUAUUCAUAGAGCUAGUGGAGAGGUGUUUAGAACCGUGGCGUCAAGUGUCUUGGUCUCAGACUGACUUGCACAAUUUUCUCACUGCCUACUCACAAUGCGCCCUAGAAAUGGAUGUUCUUAGGGAGGCGGAUGUGAAAUCAGCUUGGGAGCGGUUCAUGACUGUUGUAUCGAGGUGUUUAUUACGAAUGUACCACUCCUAGCCGUUAGUUCGCCGCUGUUCAGUUUUACUCACAGAAAUGGAUUCUCAAGCUCUUGGUACUGUAGAAUUGAAGAAAGCCAUGAAUACCAUGUUGACUUGGAAAGGCUAUAGAAAAAACCAUUCAGUGAAUUAAAUAUGGUAAACAAUUAAAGCUGAAGCUUUUUUUAAGAAAGGUUGGAUUUUUGAUAGUGUUAAAGUGUAUUGUUUAAUAUGUAAGUGUUAUCUAACUUCCAUUUACUACUCCAAACCCUCUACCAUGAAAAGGGUUGUCAGAAAUUGAGGUCUUCGAAACUCCUGUUGCGACCAAAGGAACUAGCUCAAAUCUGAAACUAAUGCUGUGUUCUUUACUUAAUCCACUAAUAUUCUAGCCGCUUUCUGCCUUUAUGAAAAAAUUAGUCUUGUCAUGGAAACUGAAAACUGCAUAAAGAAAAAUCAACAUUCCCACCUAGUAUGAAUUGUGAUACAUUUCCGUUAUCUAAAUCAUCAACUGCUAUUGAAAUCGUUCGCCAGUGAUGGACGUCAAUGAAGUAAUGUGGUUGGAUGUAAAUGUGUUUAAGGGGUGGAGAUAGUUCAAGGGAGGUUGUAAAUAUGUCAAUGAUGCUGGUGAUGUUUGGCAAAGUGUACACAGGUUGCGGUCGUUCUUCAGUCGCAUUUGAGGCAGUGACCAAAGUUAAGUAAAUUGUGCAUGUAGAUCAUGCUGGAUAUUGUUAAAAGGGAUUUUUUUUCUUUAUUAAAAGAGGUUGGCGGAAGAGGUUAAAAGAGGUAAACGUUUCAUUUGCCUGUCUACAUGGGCCAUAGAGGCCAGUGCGUAGAAUGUAUCCCGCAAAGCAAGGGGUAAGCCGGAACAAUACCAGGGGAAAACUCCACUGAUAAAAAGAGGUACCAGGAUCCGAACCCACAACAUCGCUGCCUUAAGCCCAAGUCCAUGGCGCUACUGACUGAGCCACCGAUUCACCAAACUGAUUGGGGAUGACUAGGGACCUGGAUAAACCCUCUUUUUUAAUCACUAUCCCGUUAGAAACCCACUGAUGGAUAGUUGUGCAAAUGUGUACCGCCUCCUGCAAACUACCCAAGACACUUUGCAAAUUGUGUAUGUCUCAACACUUUUCUGCACCCACGUACUUUAAGUGAGUAAGGAUUUAUAUUAGGUUAAUCGCUUUCCUUUAGGAGCAUUGGAUUUUCGUUGCGUAAUUUUUGGCUACCAUGACGAGACUAAUUGUCAUAUGGGUGUAAAGAACCUAGAAUAGUAGUUAAUAAAUAAAAGAACACGGGCCGGUCUCAGAUUUGAGCUUACUUGCUUGGUCACGACGGGAGGUUUGAUUGAGACCUUAAUUAACGGACAAUAAUCUCUGUCAUUUUACAUUUUUAUAGUGUAUUGAGACAUAUAUAAAGAUUUUGACUCUGUUUAUGAAUCUGAUCAGAAACUUCAGAUAUUGAAGACUCCUGGUCAAAGGAUGAUUUAAUGUUUUAAUAUUUAUAUUGCAAAAUUAACCCUUAGGCCAAUAUUUUAGUCUCCUUUAUCUAUACUAUCUAAUUAUGCUUAUUUUUAUAGGUUGAAAGAAAUGUGUUUUUGCACUUUAGAAUACUUGUUAUUUCUAUUACAAAAUAACUGAAUGUGAGCUAUAGAAGACAUUGCAGCAAUAAGUUGGAUGAUAAAUGAUAAUGGCUGAAGCUGAAUUCUAGGCAUUUAUUUCUUGCUUAUUUACCAUGCUUAAAGGUAUUCUUUAACACUGAGGAAAUAGAAGCGAAAAUCAAAAUAACCCUUUGUAAUGUUAAGUUAAAAUUUAAGGUGUUAAAUAAUUUUGUAUGUUCAAGGUUACAAUGGCUAGUAUGAGGCCUAUAGUAAGCUCAGUUUUUAAAUGUACUUAAUAAUUGUUGAUGCAAUUUAAGCAGUUGUAAACUCAGAACCUCAAUACUCAAAAGUAUCAGCUUUCAAUGAAUAAUCAUCAUGAUCUCUAUAUCAACGAGUAGUGGUUGUUAUAAGUAAAUCUUUGUUAAUUACAUGAAAAGACAAUCACGUCAGCAGUGUAGUUUUGCUGGUAACUAAUGGUAAAUUUGUAUAUUUUGUUGAUCCUUGAACCUUAAUCAAUUAAGGUUUGAGGAGACAGAUACAUACAGUUGGCUCAAAAUCUAGAGAGACACCCCCUCAGGUAGAAUGGGGUCGUCCUAGUGGCGUCCACCCCAGAAUGCGAGCAUCCCACGAAAAUCUGUGUCACACUGUAAUUUUCAAUCAAUUGCAAAACACAAAAACCCAACUGGCUGUGUUGGCUUGUAAUUAGACAUACAUAAUCGAAUGAUGGCUCAUUUUUUGUCUUACUUAGACGAAUAAAAAAACCAUUUUAAUCACAGUUCUACGAUGUACUGUUGCCGACAUAACGCAGUUUUCGCUUAACUUCUAUAAAUUUUGUCCAGUGCUACUGGAAAACCCGUAAUCUAUGAGUCUAUGGGUAUGUCAACAGGGGAUUAGGACGGCCCAUUCUACCUGAGGGGGUGUGUCUCUACGUUUUGAGCCAACUAUACACAACGAGUAAACAUCUAUACUUACCACAGAAAUCCAUCAAUAUUCAACCUGCCAAUGUUGCUUAAAAAAAACAUUUAGAAAAAAUUAUAAAAUAUAAAUUAGAAAAAAUUCUUGAUCAGCAUUGUACGUGUUAUUAAAUUUACAGAGCUAAAUAAAAUAAAAAAUUUCUAUUGGGUCUAAUGAUUUGAGUAUCCAAUCGAAAUCACCACUUACAAUUUUUUAUAUAUAUUUACCGUCCUGUGAGUUGACUGUAUAAGUGUAAAUAUAUGUUUUAAGUGUUAUUAGACAUAUUUUAUUUACUCUUAACAAAUUUGAAAUAGAAAUCAAUCAAAUCAUGUUUUACUUCUUUUAUAAGGUACUGCCAUCACUUAACAAAUAUUUAACUUGUUAUUUCUCUCUUAGUUGAUUAUGUGAAAGACAAGAUACCUAAUGUAAACGUUUCUCAAGUUGGUAUUUUCAACAAUCAAUUUGUCAAAUUAUAUUUAAAUAUACGUUUUAAUGUAUCAAAAUGCAGUCAUGUUGAUAUUCUAUUACAGUUAGAACAGUUGUGUCCAUUUUCAUUUAAAAUAUUAUUUUACGUUAGAUAUGAUGUGAUUUUAAACUGUAUACCGGUAAUAAUAAGUUAGAACAAAUUCUCAUUUAACUCCCAGACCAGUAAGCAAUAAGUUGUGUGUAUUGUGUGUAUAGUGGUUUUGGCAUGGACCGACCAGAAUUAUUCAUGCACUCUUGUGGAUCAUUAAAAUUGUAAAUGUAAUUAUUAAAAUUUUGUGUAGUAUUCCCAGUUCCGAGAACAAAUAAUUAUGAUUGUUUACCUUUAUUUUUGCUAGGUUGAAGUGUAGUGAAGCCUGAUGUACAUUUUACCAGUUUUGUGGCAUAAUCAGGAACAUUGUUUUAUUUACACAUUUCAUUAACAAUAAUACCUAGGGAGGGGUUCAACAGAUGACGUGAAAGCUCGGGUGCAGACCGGGGAUGAUUUUCUAUGGGGCUGUUGGUGGUAGGUUGAGGUACGGUUUGAAGGUGAGGUUGUGUAUUCGGACCUCUCACUUCCAUGGCUAUAAUGACUAUAAUUUUGCCAGUUAUUUAAACAUUAUAUUGUUUUAGGGGUUGAUUAUUUAAAAUAUUGUUGAUUUGUUGUCGUCUUUUAUCCUGCAGGAGGGUGUCUAGGUAUGAACUGUUGAUGUGUUUUAUCAUCAUAAUGGUAAAUUGUUAUAUUAUAUUUCAUCAUUACAGUAUUACAGUGAUGUAAAACUUUGCUCUUUAUGAUGCAAAUGUAUCAUAAUAAUCCGGUAACCAUACAGUAAACCUGUGUAAUGAUUUACGUUGUAUUAGUUCCUCAAUUAGACUUAUAUUAGUUUUAACUCUUUUAUUAUACAUUUUUAUCUUGCACAAACAAUAAUAUGAUAAUAUCAAUACCUCACAUCAAUAUACUCAUUUAACUUAUGUAAUCUUUUAAUGUAUAUAUUAUCAAUAUACUAGUCCACUAGUCAACCAUUGUAUAAAAACAAUCCAAACAUCUAUUGUGCAAUAAAGUUAAUGUAUUUGUAAGUAUUUCAA